UGUGAGGACUCACACCAGGUCUCAGACUGUGUCCUGUCAGCUUGUUUCUCUGUGUGACUGAGAGUUCUGGUCACUUGUUUCUAUCAUGAAGGAUGAAUCUGUUAACAGAUGUGUUCAUGUGUGACUGAGGUGUAAACUUUAUUCAUGUAUGAUUCAGUGUCACAUGAUAAUUCAGAUUAUUAAUCCACUGCUUGAUGUUUUGUCAGCUGAAUGACGGAUGAUGACUAACUCCACACAGGUUUCAUAUUUUGCACUUGUUGCCUACUCUGACACCGGGCUAUUUAAAUAUUUAUAUUUCAUGAUCGUCAUGUGUCUCUACAUGUUGAUUAUCUGUGCCAACCUCCUGCUGAUUGUGGUUAUCUGUGUGAACAGAAGCUUACAUGAACCUAUGUACAUGUUUCUGUGCAGCCUGUUUGUAAAUGAACUGUAUGGUAGUACAGGGUUGUUUCCAUUGCUGCUGCUUCAGAUCCUCUCUGACAUUCACACUGUCUCUGCUUCAGCUUGUUUCCUGCAGAUUUAUUGGGUUCAUUUCUACGGCAGUGUCGAGUUUUUUACCUUAGGAGUCAUGUCUUAUGACAGGUACCUGGCUAUCUGUCAUCCUCUGCAAUAUCAGACACGUAUGACGACUGCCAGAGUCGCAGUCCUCACUGCGUUCAUGUGGUUGUACAGUGUCCUCGCAACUGUUGUCAUGAUGUCUCUGAGCGUCCCUCUGCAGCUGUGUGGGAACACUAUUCAGAAAGUUUACUGUGACAACUACUCCAUCGUUAAGCUGGCGUGCUUCGACACCACGGUCAAUAACAUCUAUGGGAUGGUUUACAUGUUCACUGUGAUAGUAACUCUUAUAAUUCUGAUCCUCUACACGUACAUCAGGAUCCUUUACGUCUGUUUCUCUGGCUCUAAACAGACGAGACAGAAAGCCGUCAGCACCUGCACACCUCACCUCGCCUCUCUGCUCAACUUCUCCUUCGGGGCUUUCUUUGAAAUAAUGCAGGGCAGGUUUAAUAUGAGCAGUGUGCCCAUCAUGCUGCGCAUCUUUUUGUCUUUAUACUGGCUCACGUGUCAGCCGCUCUUUAACCCCGUACUGUACGGACUGAACAUGUCCAAGAUACGUGUCAUAUGUAAAAGUCUGGCUUUUGGUAAAAGAAUAUAAAACUACUGCAAGAAACAGGAACAAACAUAAAAGUGAUGCCGCUGAUGUUAACACUGUGUGUCAUGUGUGUAUAAACUGUGUGUAUAAACU